UCCGGGGCAUCAUGAUGAGCAGCGGCGGCUUCCUGGAGCCGCAGCUCUUCUUCCAGAGCGGCGCGGAGCUGUGCGCCGCGGAGGACGAGCUGGAGGAGGAGGAGAUGCCGGCCACGGAGAAGGACCUGGCCGAGGACGCGCCCUGGAAGAAGAUCCAGCAGAACACGUUCACGCGCUGGUGCAACGAGCAUCUGAAGGUGCUCAACAAGCGGAUCGCGGACCUGCAGAAGGAUCUGAGCGACGGGCUGAAGCUGAUCGGGCUGCUGGAGGUGCUGAGCCAGAAGAAGAUGUACAGGAAGUAUCACUCCAGGCCCAACUUCAGGCAGAUGAAGCUGGAGAACGUGUCGGUGGCGCUGGAGUUCCUGGAGAGGGAGCACAUCAAGCUGGUCUCCAUCGGAGGCUCGACUCCCAAGGCCAUCGUGGACGGGAACCUGAAGCUGAUCCUGGGUCUGAUCUGGACCCUGAUCCUCCACUACUCCAUCUCCAUGCCCAUGUGGGAGGACGAGGACGACGAGGACGCCAAGAAGCUGACGCCCAAGCAGCGGCUGCUGGGCUGGAUCAGAACAAGGUUCCCCAGCUCCCCCAUCACCAACUUCCACCGCGACUGGAGGGACGGCAAGGCGCUGGGAGCUCUGGUGGACAACUGCGCCCCCGGUCUGUGUCCAGACUGGGAAACCUGGGACCCGAGCCAGCCGGUGGAGAACGCUCGAGAAGCCAUGCAGCAGGCCGACGACUCUGGAGUGCCUCAGGUCAUCGCUCCGGAGGAGAUCGUCGACCCCAACGUGGACGAGCACUCGGUCAUGACGUACCUGUCUCAGUUCCCCAAAGCCAAGCUGAAGCCCGGCGCCCCGCUGAGGGCCAAGACGCUGCACCCGAAGAGGGCCAAGGCCUACGGACCGGGCGUUCCUCACAGCAUCGAGCCCCGAGGCAACGUGGUCCUGACGGCGGAGUUCCUGGUGGAGACGGUGGAGGCCGGACUCGGGGAGGUCCUGGUCUACGUGGAGGACCCAGAGGGACACAUGGAGGAGGCUCGAGUGAUUCACAAUGACAAGAACCGGACGUACUCGGUGGUCUACCUGCCCAUGGAGGGUCUUCAUAAGGUGAAGGUGCUGUUUGCCGAGGACAUCGACCGGAGCCCCUUCAUGGUGAUGGUGUUCCAAAGCCUGGGCGACUCCAGCCGGGUUCAGGCCCGCGGGCCGGGAUGCAGGCCCGCCUGCAACGUGGCCAACAAGCCCACCUACUUCGACAUUUACAUCGCAGGGGCCGGCGCCGGAGACGUGGGCGUCGUCAUCGUGGACUCAAACGGGCGCCGCGACACGGUGGAGAUUGUUCUGGAGAACAAGGGCGACAGCGUGUUUCGGUGCACUUACGUUCCCGUCAUGGAGGGGCCGCACGUGGUCUACGUGACCUUCGCCAGGGCAGCAGAUUCCCAGAGUCCUUACGUCCACAUCUCCGAAGCGAGUAACCCGAACGCCUGCCGGGCGUCGGGCCGCGGUCUGCAGCCCAAAGGCCUGAGAGUGAAGGAAGUGGGAUUUAAAGUUUACACCAAAGGAGCCGGCAGCGGAGAACUCAAAGUCUCUGUGAAGGGACCCAAGGGCCUGGAGGAGCCAGUGAAGGUGCUUGAGAUGGAUAACGGCCUGUAUGAGUGUAAUUAUUACCCCAUCAUGACGGGAAAGUACAUCGUAAACACAUGGGGAGGUCACAGCAUCCCUCGCAGUCCCUUUGAGGUCCAGGUGAGUGAGGAGGCUGGGCCUCAGAAGGUGAGGGCCUGGGGUCGCCUGGAGACCGGCAUGGUGGGCAAAAGCGCCGACUUUGUGGUGGAAGCCAUCGGCACCGAAGUGGGAACUCUGGGUUUCUCCAUCGAGGGUCCGUCUCAGGCCAAAAUCGAGUGUGACGACAAAGGCGACGGCUCGUGCGACGUCCGCUACUGGCCGACCGAACCGGGCGACUACGCCGUCCACGUCAUCUGCGACGACGAAGACAUCAAGGACAGUCCCUUCAUGGCUCACACUCCCGCUGCUAACGACGUCUUCCCAGAGCAGGUGAAGUGUUUCGGUCCCGGGCUGGAGCCUCUCGGCUGCAUCGUCAACAAACCGGCAGAUUUCACCAUCGACACUCACGGCGCCGGCCGAGGCGAGCUGAAGCUUUACGCUCAGGACGCAGAAGGUUUCCCCAUCGACAUCCAGAUCACAGACAAUGAAGACAGCACCUUCUUCUGCGUUUACAUUCCCACCAAACCCAUCAAACACACCAUCAUCAUCACCUGGGGUGAAGUCAACGUGCCCAACAGCCCCUUCAGGGUGACCAUCGGGGAGGGGAGCCACCCGGAGAACGUGAAGGUUUACGGUCCAGGUGUGGAGAAGACGGGGCUGAAGGCCAACGAGCCCACGUACUUCACGGUGGACUGCAGCGAGGCCGGACAGGGCGACGUCAGUAUCGGGAUCAAGUGCGCCCCCGGCGUGGUCGGACCGGCCGAGGCCGACAUCGACUUCGACAUCAUCAAAAACGACAACGACACCUUCACGGUGAAGUACACGCCUCCGGGUCCGGGUCAGUACACCAUCAUGGUGCUGUUCGCCGACCAGGAGAUCCCCAUCAGCCCCUUCAGAAUAAAAGUGGAUCCGUCGCACGAUGCAGCCAAAGUCCGGGCAGAGGGACCCGGACUGAGCAGGACCGGCGUGGAGGUGGGCAAGCCCACUCACUUCACCAUCUUCACCAAAGGAGCCGGGAAGGCCAAGCCAGAGGUGCAGUUCACCGCAGCCGCCAAAGGGGACGCCGUCAGAGACUUCGAGAUCAUCGACAACCACAACUACUCGUACACCGUGCGCUACACCGCCGUGCAGCAGGGCAACAUGUCCAUCAUGGUGAGUCAUGGAGGAGACCUCCCCAGGAGCCCCUUCAGCAUCAGCGUGGCCCCCCCUCUGGACCUGAACCAGGUCAAGGUUCAGGGCCUCAACAGCACGGUGGACGUAGGAAAGGACCAGGAGUUCACUGUCAGCACGCUCGGCGCCGGCGGUCAGGGAAACCUGGACGUGAAGAUCACCUCGCCGUCCCGACGGCCGAUCCCCUGCAAGCGGGAGUCCGGAGCCGCCGGCGAGGUUCACACAGUGAAGUACAUCCCCCCGGAGGAGGGCUCGUACCGCGUGGACAUCACGUACGACGGAAACCCCGUCCCCGGAAGCCCGUUCACCGUGGAGGCCGUGAUGCCCCCCGACCCUUCAAAGGUGCGAGCCUACGGUCCAGGUCUUCAGGGCGGUGUGGUGGGUAAGCCGGCCCCCUUCGCCAUCGACACGAAGGGAGCUGGUACCGGCGGUCUGGGUCUGACGGUGGAGGGUCCCUGCGAGGCCAAGAUCGAGUGCCAGGACAACGGAGACGGUUCCUGCUCCGUGUCCUACCUCCCCACCGAACCCGGGGAGUACGCCAUCAACAUCCUGUUCGCCGACCAGCACAUCCCUGGGUCCCCCUUCAAAGCCCAGGUCCAGUCCGUGUUCGAUCCCAGCAAGGUGACGGCCAGCGGGCCGGGUCUGGAGCGGGGAAAGGCCCACGAAGCCGGCGCCUUCACGGUGGACUGCUCCAAAGCCGGGGAGGCCGAGCUCACCAUCGAGAUCGUCUCCGACUCAGGAGCCAAAGCCGAAGUCCACGUCCAGAACAACGGCGACGGGACCUACUCCAUCACCUACAUCCCGCAGAGCCACGGCAUGUACACCAUCACCAUCAAGUACGGCGGCCACGCCGUGCCCAAGUUCCCCGUGCGCCUGCACGUCGACCCGGCCGUCGACACCAGUGGGGUGAAGGUCUACGGCCCCGGGGUGGAGCCUCGAGGCGUCCUGAGAGAAGUCACCACUCACUUCAUCGUCGACGCUCGGGCGCACUACAAGAGCGGCGGCAGCCACGUCAGCGCCAGUAUCUCCAACCCGUCAGGCGCCAACACUGACACCUACAUCACCGACCUGGAGGACGGCACCUACCGGGUGGGGUACACGCCCUACGAGGACGGUCUCCACGUUAUCGAGGUUCUCCUGGACGAGGUGUCGGUACCAAAGAGUCCGUUCCGGGUGUCAGUGACCGAAGGCUGCGACCCGACCCGGGUCCGAGCCUUCGGUCCGGGUCUGGAGGAAGGAUUGGUGAACAAGUCCAACCGCUUCACUGUGGAGACCAAGGGGGCCGGCACCGGCGGUCUGGGCCUCGCCAUUGAGGGUCCGUCGGAAGCCAAGAUGUCCUGUAAGGACAACAAAGAUGGCAGCUGCAGUGUGGAGUACAUCCCCUUCACUCCCGGAGAGUACGACGUCAACAUCACGUUUGGAGGACGGCCCAUCCCGAGGAGCCCGUUUCGUGUCCCGGUGCGAGAGCUGGUGGAUCCCAGUCAGGUCAGGUGUUCGGGUCCCGGUCUGGGCAGCGGGGUUCGGGCCCACGUCCCCCAGACCUUCACAGUGGACACCAGCAAGGCCGGAGUGGCGUCUCUGGAGGUGCAGAUCUACGGACCCUCAGGAGUGCUGGAGCCGGUCAGCGUGCUCGAUAACGGAGACGCCACUCACACGGUGAACUACACGCCGGCCAGCGACGGCCCGUACACCAUCUGCGUCAAGUACGCCGACCAGGAGGUUCCUCACAGCCCCUUUAAGAUCCGGACUCUACCGGCCCACGAUGCCUCCAAAGUCCGGGCCAGCGGUCCUGGUCUGAACGCGUCCGGUGUUCCAGCCAGCCUUCCAGUCGAGUUCACCAUCGACGCCCGAGACGCUGGAGAAGGACUCCUGACGGUCCAGAUCCUGGAUCCGGAAGGAAAACCAAAGAAGGCGAACAUCAGGGACAACAGAGACGGGACGUACACUGUGUCCUACGUCCCCGACAUGACCGGACGCUACACCAUCACCAUCAAGUACGGCGGAGACGAGAUCCCAUACUCACCGUACCGCAUUCACGCACUGCCCACUGGGGACGCCAGCAAGUGUCUGGUCACAGUGUCCAUCGGAGGUCACGGACUGGGUUCAGGUAUCGGCCCAACCAUCCAGAUCGGAGAGGAGACGGUCAUCACCGUGGACGCCAAGGCCGCCGGUAAAGGUAAAGUGACGUGUAAGGUGUCGACGCCGGAUGGGGCGGAGCUUGAUGUGGACGUGGUGGAGAACGCCGACGGCACCUUCGAUAUUUACUACACGGCUCCGGAACCCGGCAAGUACGUCAUCACCAUCCGGUUCGGUGGAGAGAACAUCCCCAACAGCCCCUUCCACUGUGGCUGUGAGCCACAGGAUUUGUUGCAGUUCAGGGCUAGUGAGAGCGUCGCACUAAUCGAGGAGUCGUGUGAGAAGCGUCGGUCCUUAUCACCAUUUGUGGGUCUCUCCCCCCUCUGGGCCACCGAGGAUUCGGCGGGUUCUGUGGACGGUUUGGAGCCGCUGCUGCGUCCUUUCAGUCUGGUCAUUCCCUUCACGGUGCAGAAAGGAGAGAUCACAGGUGAGGUGCGGAUGCCGUCGGGUCGCUCUGCUCAGCCUCACAUCACCGAUAACAAAGACGGCACGGUGACGGUGAAAUACUCCCCGACCGAGCGCGGCCUCCACGAGAUGGACAUCCGAUACGACGGCAGUCACAUCCCCGGAAGUCCUCUCCAGUUCUUCGUGGACGCCAUUAACAGCGGCCACGUGACGGCGUUCGGCCCCGGGCUGAGUCACGGCACGGUCAACCGGGCCGCCACGUUCACCAUCGUUACCAAAGACGCCGGCGAAGGAGGUUUGUCGCUGGCGGUCGAAGGUCCAUCCAAAGCAGAAAUCAGCUGUAAAGACAAAGACGGGACGUGCAGCGUCUCCUACCUGCCCACCGCCGCCGGAGACUACAACAUCAUCGUCAAGUUCGACGACAAGCACAUCGCCGCAGCCCCGUUCAGCGCCAGGAUCACCGACGAGUCCACCCUGACGUCGCAGCUGAAUGUCGGCACGGCGACGGACGUUUCUCUGAAGAUCACGGAGACGGACCUGAGCAGCCUGAUGGCGACCAUCAGGGCGCCGUCCGGGAACGAGGAGCCGUGUCUGCUGAAGAGGCUGCCCAACCGGCACAUCGGAAUUUCCUUCACGCCCAAAGAGGUGGGCGAACACGUGGUCAGCGUGAAGAAGAGCGGCAAGCACGUGACCAACAGUCCGUUCAAGAUCAUGGUGGGUCAGUCGGAGAUCGGAGACGCCAGCAAGGUGAAGGUUUACGGUCAGGGGCUGGUGGAGGGCCACACCUUCGAGGUGGCCGAGUUCAUCGUGGACACCAGGAACGCAGGCUACGGAGGUCUGGGUCUGUCCAUUGAGGGUCCCAGUAAGGUGGACAUCAACUGUGAGGACGUGGAGGACGGGACGUGUAAAGUGACCUACUGUCCGACCGAACCCGGAAACUACAUCAUCAACAUCAAGUUCGCCGACCAGCACGUCCCCGGGAGUCCGUUCACGGUGAAGAUUUACGGCGAGGGUCGGAUGAAGGAGAGCAUCACCAGGAGGCGCCAGGCUCCCUCCAUCGCCAUGGGCAGCACCUGCGACCUCAACCUCAAAAUACCAGGGAACUGGUUUCAGAUGGUUUCAGCCCAGGAGCGGCUGACCCGGACGUUCACGCGCAGCAGCCACACCUACACCCGGACCGAGCGCACCGAGAUCAGCAAGACCCGGGCGGGCGAGACCAAGAGGGAGGUCCGGGUGGAGGAGAGCACGCAGGUCGGAGACCCCUUCAGGGACGUCUUCGGAGACUUUCUGGGCCGAGAGAGUCUGGGCGGCUUCAGUGGGAUGCCCGCCGGCAGCCGACCACCGCUGCAGGACGGUGAGGCAGGCAGCCAGGAAAUGACGGCCCAGGUUACGAGUCCCGGAGGGAAGACGGAGGACGCCGAGAUCAUCCGAGGGGAAGACAGCACCUACAGCGUUCGCUUCGUCCCGCAGGAGAUGGGCCCCCACACCGUCAACGUCAAGUACCGGGGCCAGCACGUCCCCGGGAGCCCCUUCCAGUUCACCGUGGGGCCCCUGGGGGAAGGAGGGGCCCACAAGGUCAGGGCGGGAGGAACCGGACUGGACCGCGGAGUGGCGGGAAUCCCAGCUGAGUUCAGCAUCUGGACCCGAGAAGCCGGAGCCGGAGGUCUCUCCAUCGCCGUGGAAGGACCCAGCAAGGCUGAAAUCACCUUCGAGGACCGGAAGGACGGAUCGUGUGGCGUCUCCUACAUGGUUCAGGAACCUGGCGAUUACGAAGUGUCCAUUAAAUUCAAUGACGAGCACAUCCCCGACUCGCCGUUCAUCGUCCCGGUCGCCACGCUCGACGACGCUCGCCGCCUCACCAUCACCAGCCUGCAUGAGAUGGGUCUGAGGGGUCAGGAGGCUUCGUUCGCCGUCCAGCUGAACGGAGCCAGAGGGCUGAUCGACGCCAAGAUCCACACGCCAGGAGCCGUGGAGGAGUUCAUCAGCGAGCUGGACACCGAUCAGCACGCCAUCAGGUUCAUCCCCAGAGAAAACGGCGUCCACUCGAUCGACGUCCGCUUUAACGGGAGCCACGUGCCCGGAAGCCCCUUUAAGAUCCGAGUGGGAGAACCUGGGCAGGCGGGAGACCCGGGCAUGGUGUCGGCCUUCGGGCCGGGCCUGGAGGGAGGAACCACAGGUACUGCGUCGGACUUCAUCGUCAACACGUGCAAUGCCGGCGCCGGCGCUCUCUCCGUGACCAUCGACGGACCGUCCAAAGUGAAGAUGGACUGUCAGGAGUGUGCAGAGGGCUACAAGGUCUCCUACACCCCAAUGGCUCCGGGAAACUACCUGAUCUCCAUCAAAUACGGAGGACCCCAACACAUUGUAGGAAGUCCUUUCAAGGCCAAAGUCUCAGGUCCACGUCUGUCCGGCGGCCACAGCCUUCAUGAGACAUCCUCCGUUCUCGUGGAAACGGUCACCAAAUCCUCGGCGGCGUCGAUGGGCGGCGCCUUCGCCUCUCUGCCCAAAUUCUCCUCGGACGGCAGUAAGGUGGUGUCGCGCGGCGCCGGCCUGUCCAAAGCCUUCAUCGGUCAGAAGAACACCUUCACGGUGGACUGCAGUAAAGCAGGCACCAACAUGCUGAUGGGCGUCCACGGGCCGAAGACGCCCUGCGAGGAGGUGUACGUCAAGCACAUGGGGAACCGGAUGUACAACGUGACGUACACGGUGAAGGAGCAGGGCAGCUACAUCCUCAUCGUGAAGUGGGGCGACGAGAACAUCCCGGGCAGCCCCUUCCACGUCACCGUCCCCUAGAACUGAGCCGUCCUCCAUCCCGCACUGAAGACUCUUCGCUCCCUGGACUAGAAACCUGGUCCCGCUUCACUUCUUCUGUUCGCCACUCCUCUCGUUUUGUGUUGAGAUAACUGUGAAAAAAGGGGCAAAAACCAAAAUCUCCUGAGCUGAAAUAACUGGAGCGCAGCUGAAACACCGACACCGAACUCCAUUUCUUACGCCUGGCUUUCACUCUCUUGUCGCGUCUUUUUGUUCAUAAUCAAAUUUCUUUUUCACCAAACUCUUUUUCUGCUUUGUGCAGUUCAGUGGAUGGAUGCUAAUGUGUAGGAGCACAGUCACUGAUCAGCUGGCCCGGGUUUGGUAUCAGGGUGAAGUUAACUGGAAAUUAGCUACAACAGUCAAACUUGUUCCUUCGUGGUUUCCUGUGAAUGCGGGUUAGUAUUUCACCAACAUUAUAACUUAACAUUUCCUCGGCCGAAGACAAUCCAGCGUUUGCAAAUCAGUGUUUUGCUCCUUUUGUUGCAGUAAAAACUAGUUUGCUCGAGUCAGGAUCACGUUAACAAAAGUGUCUUCUGAGGUCAAGACACAAGUCAGUUUUUCAAAAUGAGCUGCUUGUUUCCCAACAAAGAACUUACAGGUUGUUCUCUUCCUCAUGAAAGUUUGAUCGUGUCCAUGCAAAGCAGUAAUUCCUUUGACCAAAAAAAACAAAAACAAAACCAAUAUUCAGUUUGCCCGCGGUGUCUGAAAAGCUAAAAUAGAGGUCGCACACUGUAAGCAAAAGUUCUCAGAGUUAUCAUCUCCGUCAUGAUGUUCUGUCUUCACGUAGGCUCAGCCUCUUGUGGUCAUAAAUCACCUUUUUGAGACGGAUCUGCUGAGAACUCAGUCUGAAGCCACUGAUUCAGGUUCAGCUGAAGACAAUCUUUCCUUCACACCAGAUUCAGAUGCAGGUAUUUUUAAUCCCAUUUUGACUGGAUGUUUGUGAAACACUGUGGAGCUACAAAAAAAAAAAAAAAAAUGCAACCACUUUAGCUUUUUUGUAUGAAAUCUAACAGAAGCCGGUUCAACCUGUGAGUGAAGUCUGCGGACAGACCGAGCCGUGACCUUAGGAAACUCUCGGACUUCGUUGUUAUUUAUUCUCUCCACUCUUUUCUUUGACAGAAAAAGGUCUUAUCGAUUGGAGGAGUCAGUGAGGAGGAGGAGGAGGAACUUCUUUAUUCUGGACGAUCAGUUCAGAAAUCAAACCAACGUUAUGCUUUAGUUUUUUUAUGACCACAGGAGGGCGCUGUAGAGAAGCCGCAGGUAGUGAAUGUUUGGGGGAAAUAAACGGAUAUAUUACAGAGUGACAUUUUAUAGUGAUGAUUUUUGUAUGUGAGUGGAACAAAGUGGAACUGUUUGAUAUGUUGGCGCUCGGUUUGAGAUUGUGCAGGCAUAAUAAACCUUUAUUCUGAAACACGC